CGAAAGGGCGCCAGGACGGUCGCUUUGAGCAGACCUUGCGCAAUGUCAGACGCCCCAGAAGAUGUCCGAGCAGUCUCUGAGCUUGCAGAAGUAUCAGCACCCACUUUGACCGGCACUACUCUCGCUCCUGAGACCUCUGCAACUUCAGCAAAGCCCAGACCGCGAGUGUACUUUGACAUCACCAUCAAUGACGGUCCGGCAGGGCGCAUCGCUUUCGAGCUCUUCUCAGAUGUCGUGCCCAAGACAGCGGACAAUUUCAGACAGCUCUGCACUGGUGAAAAGGGAUUCGGCUUUGCUGACAGCAAGUUCCAUCGAAUUAUCAAGGGCUUCAUGAUCCAGGGUGGCGACUUCACCCGCGGAGAUGGUACGGGCGGUCGCUCGAUCUAUGGCGAGAAAUUUGAGGACGAGAAUUUCAAGUUGACGCACGACAAGCCCUUUCUGCUCAGUAUGGCCAACGCCGGACCCGACACGAAUGGCUCCCAAUUCUUCAUUACUACCUCCAAGCCUGCUCAUCUUGACGGCAAGCAUGUCGUCUUUGGCAAAGUCAUUGGCGGUCGUCAGGUCGUCCGUAUGAUCGAGGACAGCAAGACGAAUGCCCAAGAUGCACCGAGCGAGACGAUCGCGAUUGCCAAGUGCGGUGAACUCCAGCCAGACGAGCCUCUCGGCACUGCAGACGCGAGUCAAGCUGACGACACGGGAGAUCAAUACGAGAACGUCGUCUCAGACGAUGAGCACGAGAUCAACAAACCCGAGGUGACGCUCGAGAUUGCGCAGAAUCUGAAAGCGAUAGGGACCAAGCUCUUCAAGACGGGCGACUUCUCCCGAGCGCAGGGAAAAUAUGCGAAAGCAGUAACCUACCUUGACCAUUUCGGAACUCAGCUCGCAGAGCCCAAUGCAGAGCUUGCGAAGGGGCUGGCAGACACCAAAAUCAGCUGUUUGCUCAAUGUCGCCUUGAUGGGCGUCAAAUCUGGUGCGGCUGCCAACGUGAGGACGGGCAUUGCGAGCUGCACAAAGGUGCUCAGCCUCCGAGCGGAAGAGGAAGAUUCACCCAAGCCAGAAGAUCUGCGUUGGUCCGAACACAAGCGAUCGCAAAAAGUGGAGCAGGGUAGUCCCAAGGACGCUUCACGAGAGGCAACACCAGAUGAGAAGACAAAGGCGCUGUAUCGACGGGGCACCUUGCGCACGAUCGUGGGGGACUUCAACGAAGCACUGGUAGAUCUCAAGCAGGCAGCGUCAAUGUCUGAUGAUCCAGCUAUCGCUCGUCAAUUAGAGACGACGAAAGCAAAAGCAAACGCAGAAAAGCAAAAGCAGCGACAACGCAUGGCCAAGAUGUUCUCGUGAAAUCGUGAAGAUGCAACUUUGUGUUUCGAUACAUUGGCU